GGGAGCGCGUCGGAGCGGCUCUGCGGCUCGCCCGGCGCCACGGUGGAGAAGGAGGAGGCCGGCGGCGGCAUCAGUGAGGAGGAGGCGGCGCAGUAUGACCGGCAGAUCCGCCUGUGGGGCCUGGAGGCUCAGAAGCGGUAUCUCCAGAAGGUGCUGGAGCUCAGUUCCUGAUUCGUACUGGGUCUGUUGGCCGAAAUAGAGCUGAAGCCUCCUUGGAGCGAGCGCAGAAUCUCAACCCCAUGGUGGAUGUGAAGGUGGACACUGGGGACAUAGAGAAGAAGCCCGAGUCAUUCUUCACUCAGUUUGACGCAGGUCCCUGGCCAUGGACCAGCCCACUGGCCUGCAGGUGGACUAUGUCUUCCGGGGUGUGGAGCACGUGGUGCGGGUGGUGGUUUCCGGGCAGACCCUGGAGUUGGAAGUGGAGGACCGGAUGACGGCCGACCAGUGGCGGGGUGAAUUCGAUGCCAGUGUCAUCGAAGACCUGACUCACAAGAUGGGGAACUUCAAGCAGUUCAACAUCUUCUGUAACAUGUUGGAGUCAGCCCUCACCCAGAGCAGCGAGUCCGUCACCCUCGACCUGUUGACCUACACAGACCUGGAGUCCCUGCGGAGCCGCAAGUUGGGGGGCCGUCCGGGUGCCUUGGCCCCCAGGUCCGCCCAGCUCAACUCCAAGCGCUACCUGAUCCUCAUCUACUCCGUGGAGUUUGACAGGUGUGCUCCCGCCCAGGGGCGGGGGGGAGGCGUGGUCUCCG